CAAAAAUUAACAUAUGUUUACAUAUUACUUUGUAAGUAAUAAUAAAAUAGAACAUCAACUAAUAAGUAUAACAAAUAACCUCUACACUUUACCUCUAACCAAUUAUAAUUUAAAUCAAAAAUUAAAAUCAUCUUUAAAUACGGUUGUUUCCAACUAGUCAAAUUCAAUACUUUUAUCCAAAUGUCAAAAACGAUACGUUUCUAUGAAAAUUGUAUGAAAAAUUUAAUUAUGACGUCAUAGCAUUUUGGCGUGAAAUAGCUUACUUAUUUUAAAAAAAAUAGCUAAAAAAUAUUUAAAAAUUAG